GAUCAUAUAUUUCCUGUCAGCUUUUGUGGCUUGGGUUUCCCAUUUUUGGCCCAUUUCUCCCUCCCUCUCUCUCUCUCUCGCCUCAUAAGCACAUACCCAGCAACCAGCUUUGCAUUUUCUUGUGCAACCUUAAUUUUUUCUCCAGGAGCGUAAAAAAUAAAAAUUGACCACAUAACUGCUCCAUUAUCUUUGUGCCAUGGAUGUCGACCAAGUUAAGACGACCAACUCAAAACUUUUGUUGAAAUCAAGCUUCAAAUCGGUCAAAACGAUCGAUUCGAUCUAUACUGGUGGCAAAGUCCUUGUCACGAACGAUGAAUCACUGUUAAUUACUACACUCAAUGAAGAUAUCGUAGUGACGGAAUUGUCUACGGGCAAACAAGUGCAUCGUCUAGAAGGCGAUACUGAAAUUGUUACGACCAUGGCAGUUAAACCGGACAGCAAACACUUGGUAUCAGCGAGUCGAAGUCUUCAAAUGCGCAUAUGGGAUUUACAGACGGGACAAUGCAUACGUACAACCAAAGCACAUGAAGCGCCAGUGAUUGUGAUGGAUAUCGAUCAUUCAUCCACAUUGGUUGCCACUGGUGGUGCCGAUGGUGUUGUCAAAGUAUGGGAUAUUGAUCGUGGGUUCUGUACACACGUGUUCAAUGGUCAUCGCGGCGUUGUCUCGGCAGUCAAGUUUCAUUACAUGAACGGUCAAUGGUACCUGGCUUCUGGUGCAGAUGAUUGUGAAAUUCGUAUUUGGAACCUUCAAACCAAAAAAUGCAUUGGUGUAUUACAGAGCCAUGUCAGUGUGAUCCGAGGAUUGGAUUUCUCCGCAGACGGUCGAACCUUGAUCUCAGGCUCGCGUGAUAAAGUUGUGAACGUAUGGGAUUGGCAAUCAAAGCAAUUGAAAACGACCUAUCCUAUUUAUGAGACGUUAGAAACCGUUGGAUUUAUUGCGACCAGCACAGAUUUGUCUGCUUACGAUGAACGAUGGCAAAAUGAAGAACUGUUUUAUACGGGCGGUGACGGUGGUCUUGUACGGAUAUGGGAUCUCAAGACGGGCCAACUUGUUCAGGCACAAGAAAAGGAAGAAAACAGCAAACAUACCAUUACUGAUGUCAUUUAUUCACCAAAAUCACAACUUCUCGCUGCAGUCACCAACGACCAAAACGUCCUCAUCUAUUCUAUCCCUCAGCAACUUGAUCGCAUCAAGCAAAUCGUCGGCUACAACGACCAAAUUGUCGACAUUGCAUACCUCGGCCCUGACGAAACCCAUUUGGGUGCAGUAACUAACAGCCAGGUUCUUCGCGUAUACAACGUUGAAACACAAGAUUGUGAACUGCUCUAUGGACAUCAAGACAUGAUCAUUUGCGUCGACCGAUCACGGGUCGAUGGUACGCUUUUCGUUACUGGCGCUAAGGAUCGAACAGCACGAUUAUGGAAGAUGGAGUUGGAUCAAGACAGCAACAAAUACAAGUAUGAAUGCAUAGGCGUAUGUGUUGGCCACACAGAAGCCAUUGGAGCUGUCGCAUUACCCAACAAAUCCACGAAUUUCUUGUUGACUGGUGGUCAAGACCGUACAGUAAAAUACUGGCAUUUGCAAGACCUGAAGAAAAACGACAAGCCUCGUGCACUGUAUACGCAUCAAGCCCACGACAAGGAUAUCAACACGAUCGCCAUUGCGCCCAACGACAAGGUUUUCGCCACAGGCUCGCAAGACAAACUGGUCAAGAUGUGGAGCGUGGAUUCGGGCGAACUAUUGGGUACAUGCAAAGGCCACAAGCGUGGUGUGUGGAGUGUUCAGUUCUCGCCCGUAGAUCAAGUCAUUGCGACCAGUUCAGGUGACAAGACGGUCAAGUUGUGGAACGUCCGUAAUUUCACAUGUAUCAAAACAUUCGAAGGCCAUACCAACUCGGUGUUGCGUGUCGACUUCUUGACCGCGGGUAUGCAGUUGGUGUCCAGUGGCUCGGAUGGAUUGCUUAAGGUGUGGACGAUCAAGACAAAUGAGUGCGAGACCACAAUGGAUAAUCAUACGGAAAAAGUAUGGGCGCUGGCUGUGCGCAAGGAUCAAAGAUACAUUGCUUCAGCGGGUGCUGAUUCAGUUGUGAAUUUCUGGGAGGAUGUCACUCGUGAAGAACAAGAGCAAGAGCUAAAGGAGAAAGAAGACUUUAUCAUAAAGGAACAAGAAUUACAAAACUUUAUGCACAAAAAGGAUUAUCUGAAUGCCAUCUUAUUGGCCCUGUCACUCGAACAGCCUUACCGACUGUUGGCAUUGUUUAAGACAGUCAUGGAAGAAAAUAGCCAACCGGGCAGUAUUACUGGAAGCACAGCCGUAGACACCAUUCUGGCAGAGAUGGGCACGCAGAAUUUAGAGAAACUGCUGGGCUAUAUCCGGGAUUGGAACACGAAUGCUAAACAUGCUCAUGUCGCACAGACGAUCUUGAACGGGAUCCUGUCAACGCAUAGCUCAGAAGAAAUUGUAGAACUCGCCAAUGCUAAAGAGAUAAUUGAUGGAUUAUUACCGUACACGGACCGUCAUUUCCAGCGUCUAGACGACUUUAUCACCCAAUCUUACAUUGUAGAUUAUACUUUGCAUGCUCAAAAAUCAUAAUUUUUUUCUUAUUAAUGUC